CUAAACUAAGGGAUUUACAUUCUUUGAAAUUUGUGCAACCAACCCAUUGCCUUGUUAUUUCUUAUGGUGUAUAUACGGUGUAAUAAAAGACCGGUGUAAAAAUAGCAGAGCUCAAAUGAGAAAGGCCUUCAUGUCUUCAAUCCUCAAUUACGAAACAAUAUAUUAUGGGCAUGAUUAAGUAUCACUAGCUAGCAUCAUCUUCAACAGAAAAGAACAUGCAUGUAUUUAUCAACCUCUUGUACGUACCUCAAAAACCACCAAACCUAGCUAGCUAAUUCUCUUUCUUUCUCUCUCACCAACAAAACUUUCCAACAUAAACAAACACAUACUUAGAGAACAACAGAAAUGGUCAAAACAAAAACAUUCAUCUCCCUCUUGUUCUUCUCAAUCUUCAUUCUCCAUUCUCUUUCCUUCUCCACAGACACAUUCAUCUACGGCGGUUGCACACAACAAACAUUCACCUCAACCUCCCCUUACGAGUUCAACCUCAACUCCCUCCUCACUUCCCUAGUCAACUCAGCAACCUACACAUCCUACAACAACUUCACAAUCGUCGCUUCAAAUCCCAACGACAUCGCUUACGGUCUCUACCAAUGCCGCGGCGACCUCUCCAUGCCAGACUGCGCCUCCUGCGUCUCACGCGCUGUCUCACGCGCCGGUGACAUAUGUCCAACAACAUGCGGUGGCGUAGUACAGUUAGAGGGAUGUUACGUGAAAUAUGACAAUGUUAAGUUUUUGGGCGUGGAGGAUAAAACGGUGGUGUUGAAGAAAUGUGGGUCUUCUAUCGGGUAUGACCCGAAUACCCGAGAUGCUGUGUUGGCUGGGUUGGUGGGUUCGGGUGGAUAUUUUCGGGUUGGUGGGUCGGGUCAGGUGAAGGGAACGGUGCAGUGUAUUGGGGAUUUGAGUUUUUUGGAGUGUCAGGAUUGUGUUUCAGAGGCGGUCCGACGGCUGAGAAGUGAUUGCCCGGCUGCGGAUUACGGAGAUAUGUUUUUAGCCAAGUGUUAUGCGAGGUACUCUACUGGUGGUGCUGGUGGUGGCCAUGCUUAUUCCAAAUCUCAUGGUAAAUCAGACAACGAUAAUGAGAAGACAUUUGCCAUAAUUAUUGGAUUAUUAGCCGCUGUAGCUAUACUUAUAAUCUUCCUAGCUUUCUUGAGAAGGAUUUGUGAGGGACACCAAGGUAAAUAAAUUGAUUUAAGUUUAUCAAACUCAUGGCAUGUCAUUGAACUAUUGAUCAAUUAUCACCCUUCUUCUCCAUAGCAAAUUUGCUUAUGGAAUCUUUUCUUCUCUUCUUUUUAUCUUCUCAAUAUGUCUUAACUUUGCUUGCUAUUUUAUUAUAAAGUUACACUUAUAAUAAGAUUAAAGAGGUCUUUGAUAUAAAGAUGGCAUUAGAAAAGGAUGCACAAUGGGACACACAUUUGAAAGCAAAGGGAAAAGGAAAAAGAGGAACAAAAGAGAGCCAAAUAUUAUGUUUUUCUCAAUUCUUCCCCCACUCAACAAAGCUGUGUCGUAACUUGUCUCAUCCUUUGCAAAUUACGAAAUAACUUUAUCAUUCUUUGUUUUUUGAAAAGUUGUAUAAGAUUUUAUGCCAAUUGCUUAUCGUGAGUAUAUGCUCUAAUGAACUUUUGAGUAUAUCCCAUGUACAAGAUAAUUUGUGUGUUAUCCACCUUUUUGCAUUGAAGACGUUAUUUACACUUAAAAUAACUAAU